CAGUGAGGGGCUGGGGGAGUGGUCAGGGUGGAGCCCCGCCUAGAAUCCCCAGGGAGAGGCUGGGGCGCAGUUCACCUGUGCACACUGACUGAGCUUGGUGACCCUCUGGACUGAGCACUGAGUGCAGCUGCCGACUCCAGGAGACUGAAGAAACAAAAGUGAGCAGGUGUGAGUGCCAGGGAAGGAGCUGGGGAAAGGUUGAAGCCCAGAUACCAGGUCAGGGUGGUCUGCGGCUCUGAGCCCAGCCCAGGUCCGGGGACAAGGUCCAAGGCACUCCCAAUUCUUCUUGGUUUUGUGGUGCUGAGGCAGGUGCUGUGGAGAUGGUACCAGGUGCUCUUCGGGGCAGAGAUGCCAGGUGUGUAAGCUGGGAAAUGGACUUUGCCACAUCCCCUGUGCCUCAGUUUCCCCACAUGUCAUCAUCAAUCUCCAAGAACCAGAGCCCAAUGACUGUCUGUGAAGGUCAGGUGCCAAGACAGCAAAUAAGUUUCCAUCUGGGAAUUAGUGUGAGGGGUGAGCGAUGUGCCCUCGAGAGGGAGAAGGUGGCCGAGGUGGGAAACCUGCGCAGUCUCAGAGGUGAGGCUGCCCUUGAUUCCGGUUGCUGAAGACAGGGUGAGGCCAGGCAGGAUGGAGCAGCCGCUCAGCCCACGGGAUGUUCAGAUGCGUGCGUGGCUGGAAUCAGCAGGUAGCUGGGUGUGGUGGCACAUGCCUGUUAGUCCUGCAGUCGGGUGGCUGAGGCAGGAGGAUUGUUACGAGUUCUGACACAGCCUGGGCUACAGAGUGAGGGCAUGUCCCAGGAAGAAAGAGAGGGAAUAAAGACAUCAGGCAGGAAAAUAUAAAUGUGUUGUAUGAGGCACAGUACUCAGGAAUUCAGGUCCAGUUUGGUCUAGGAGCUCAGAGGUGCUGGGGCGAUGCUGGGGUUGGGAUUGCUUUCAAGACGCGUUGCCUGUCAGGGGCUCUCCUGCAGGCCCCUGAAGCUGUCCCUGUCCCCAGGUGGACUGACCUGGUGUCCCUCUCCUCCCUAAGUGAGCCUGGAGAUCUCCAACCCGCAGAAGGAAGGUCACGCCCACACCCCUUGAGAUGGAUCGCGUGACCAGAUACCCGCUCUUCAGCAACCCCCACUCGGCACGUGCCACCAGCUUGGUGCUGGACGAAAACACCAGCUACACCGUCGAGCUGGUGGGCGUCGGGCCCGAGGCCAGCUGGAGCCAGGAUGACCUGCAGGCCUGGUCCGAUGAGUACCAGGCCAGGCCAGACGUGAAGAGAACAAGUGUGAGCUCCACCACACGAGUCUUCCGCAGCCAGCUGCCCCCGAGGUCACUGUACCUGGAGGAUGAGGAUGAAGAGAUGAAGGCAUACUACCUGGACGAAACCAGCGCUGCCCUCUGCAGCCAGCCCAGGGACCUGAAGGCUGAGCGCUCCGUCAUCCACAGCCAGGCAAUCAGGAAGGGCAGCACAGAGCCCAGGCCGGCUGGCCAGCCCCGGCCCACGUCCACUGAGGAGAUCUUGGUGGACACAGAGCAAAUUGAUUUCCUGGCCGCUCGACAGCAAUUCCUGAGUUUGGAGAAGGCGAACACGAACCCAGUCACUUGGAGUCCCACAGGCAGGGAGACCUUUGCGGGUGCCCCACCAGGGGUCAGCCAGGUCCCCAAAGCCUCCACCAGGCCCCGCCUAGCCAACGGCUACACCAUUCCUGUGACCACGUCACCAGUGAAGGAGGUGACUUUGGAGAAGACUGUCCGAGUUUCCCCAGCUGGGUCCAUCCGUGCAGCCAAUGACCCAGGCCGCUGGACCCGAGCAGAGUCCCCUGAGACCCCCAGAGAGACGCCCAUCGAAAGAGAGAUCAGACUGGCCCAGGAGCGCGAGGCAGAGCUGCGGGAGCAGAGAGGGCUUGGGCGGGCGGCCGGGCAUCAAGACCUGGUCCAGAUUCCCAGCAGGCCACUGCUUAGCAAGGUGAGCCUAACGGAGCCGCCAGCGCGCAGGGACCGGGGCCGCCCGUCCCUCUACGUGCAGAGGGACAUGGUGCAGGAGACACAGCGCGAAGAAGACCAUCGUCGGGAGGGUCUGCAGGUGGGCAGGGCGUCCACACCCGACUGGCUCUCCCAGGACCCUCAGCCUGGGCUCCAGAGAAGCCUGAGCUCCGACUGCAUCCUCAGCCCAGACGCCCGAGCCACAGACCCGCCUCCAGAGGCAAGAAAGGUCAACCGAAUCCCACUGGAUGCCUAUCAGCCAUAUCUGGGCCCUGGGACCCCCAAACUAGAAUUCUCAGCCUUUGGAGUAUACAGCAAGCCAAAUGGUGUCUCCACAGAGAACACCAAAGCCGUGGCCUUCCAGAAGGCCACAGAGUCUCCAAAGCAUGUCUCAGAAUGCUCUAAAAGGUCUCCGAGCUCAAAACAAGAGCGCUCAAAGCCCCCCGAGAAGCCCCUGCGUGCCAAUGUGGGUACCGUGCGAUUAGAGAAUUUCCGCCUGCGCCCUCUGCGGUUCGGCGUCCCAGAUGUCCCCCAGAAGGCUGAGACCUCCCACAGCUGGGGCUGGGAGGUGGCCGGAGGCCCAGCGCUGAGGCUGCAGAAGUCCCAGUCUUCUGACCUGCUGGAAAGGGAGGUGGAGAGCGUGCUGCGGAGGGAGCGAGAGGUGGCCGAGGAGCGGAGGAAUGCCUUCUUCCCAGAGGUGUUCUCCCCAGUGCAGGACCAGGAUGAGCAAGACUCCCGGAGCUCCUCCAGGGCAUCUGGCAUCACCGGCAGCUACUCGGUGUCGGAAUCACCGUUAUUCACCCCCAUCCAGCUGCAUUCUGGCCUGGUGUGGAAGGUGCAGGCGCCCGAGGACGGUGCUCCGGGACAGAAGACGAAAAGGGAGGCGUGGUAUGCAGGUAUCAACCCUUCAGACAGCGUCAACUCAGAGGUCCUGGGAGCCACGCGGGUAACGAGGCACAAGAACGUCUUGGCGGAACGCUGGGAGGCACGCAUCUAUGCCAGCGAGGACGAAGACUGAAGCUGGAGAUGGAGGACCUCCAUCCCCUCCACCCACCCCAGCCCUGUGGAGGCUGCCGGACCUGCCCAAACCUCUGCCGUCAGUCCCAAACAAGCCCCCCUCAUUUCCAGGUGGCCUGGAAAUGGGUUCUGUUUUCCUGGGGUGGGGAGUAUUUUCUGGUUGGGGGUGGUUCUCAGCUGGGGCUGAAAUGAUAAUUCUGCCAGGUCUCUGUGUAUCUAAGACGUUGCCAAAUGCUCUGGGAUCCAAGGAGGGAAUUAGGCUGCCCACCACAGGAUGUAAUGUCCUGGGAGCUGUGGGUCCAAGCAUCCCCCCUUAUACCCCUCAGCCCCCCUGCAGGGGGCACCAGUGGGUGCAGAGCCCAGAUCUGCCACCCGUCAGAAAGAGGGCUCUCUAGGGACCGGCCACUCCAGCCUUGCCAACCCCAGAUGUGUCCAUGUUGCUAUGAAAUAAACUUGCCAUG